AUGGCGUCUUCUGCGGAUGUUCACGUCCGAAUUUGCGCACAAGAAAUUAUCAAAUAUGAUCUGGAAAUUAAAGCUCUCAUUCAGGACAUCAGGGAUUGUCCAGGACCUCAGUCUGCUCUUGUGGAGCUCAAUGCUCAGGUCAAAGAGAAAUUCAACAAGCUGAGGCUCAGAAUUCAGGAUCUGGAGCAGAUGGCCAAAGAGCAGGACAAAGAGUCAGACAGACUGGCCAUCCAAACAGAGACCGAGAGCCAAUGGAAGCAGAUGCUGAGCAACCAGACAGCGUGGAGAAAAGCUAACCUGGCUUGUAAACUUGCCAUAGACAACAUGGAGAAGGACGAACUGCUGCAUGGUGGGGAAAACCACAACACCAGACAUAGGAAAGCAACCAAGGAAAAUUUAGUGGAAACCAGCAGCAACAUCACAGAGAGUCUGAUGUCUAUCAGCAGGAUGAUGUCUGAACAGGUGAAGCAGAGUGAGGACACCAUUGGCACUCUAGCCACCUCAUCCAGGACGGUGCAGGAAACCAACGAGGAGUUUAAAAGCAUGACAGGAACCAUUCACCUGGGCAGGAAGCUCAUCCUGAAGUACAACCGGCGGGAGCUGACAGACAAGCUGCUCAUCUUCCUUGCACUAGCCCUCUUCUUUGCCACCGUCCUCUACAUCCUCAAGAAACGUCUCUUCCCCUUCAUUUAG